CUAGAACACUGAUUGAUUGAUCAUGACGUCGGGGCCAAGAUGCCACGCUUCUUUCUCGCUCUAUAAAUUUCUUCGCAGUCGACUCCCAUUUCAUCAGACAAACUCUUUCUCCAAUCAGAUUCACAACAACGUUAUCGAAAGAAAGAUAUUUCAAGAUGUCAGGUGUAAUCAAAUGCAAAGCUGCUGUUGCGUGGGAGCCCGGGAAGCCAUUGGUGAUUGAGGAGGUGGAGGUGGCGCCGCCGCAGAAGAUGGAGGUCCGGUUGAAGAUUCUCUACACCUCCCUUUGCCACACUGAUGUCUACUUCUGGGAAGCCAAGGCACAAGACUCUGUAUUUCCUCGAAUUCUCGGGCAUGAAGCAGCAGGGAUUGUGGAGAGUGUCGGAGAGGGCGUGACUGACCUGGCGCCGGGCGAUCAUGUUCUCCCUGUAUUUACCGGCGAAUGUGGAGAAUGCGCACACUGUAAAUCGGAAGAGAGCAACAUGUGUGACCUUCUGAGGAUCAACACUGAGAGGACAGUGAUGCUGCAUGACAAGCAAUCAAGGUUUUCGAUCAAUGGCAAGCCCGUGUACCAUUUUCUUGGCACGUCGACAUUCAGCGAAUACACUGUUGUACAUGCUGGAUCCGUCGCGAAAAUCAAUCCACUUGCCCCUCUGGAUAAAGUCUGUGUGCUUAGCUGUGGGAUCUCCACAGGCCUUGGAGCUACAUUGAAUGUUGCCAAACCAAAGAAGGGUUCCUCUGUGGCUAUAUUUGGACUUGGAGCAGUUGGGCUUGCAGCUGCAGAAGGAGCCAGAUUGACCGGGGCUUCGAGGAUAAUCGGCGUGGACUUGAACCCUUCAAGAUUUGAAGAAGCCAAGAAAUUUGGUGUGACUGAAUUCAUAAACCCGAAGGACUAUGAGAAGCCAGUUCAAGAGGUGAUAGCCGAGAAAACUAACGGCGGAGUGGAUCGCAGCGUCGAGUGCACCGGAAACAUCAAUGCCAUGAUCUCUGCAUUUGAGUGUGUCCAUGAUGGAUGGGGUGUGGCUGUUCUGGUGGGGGUGCCUCACAAAGAUGCAGUGUUGAAGACACAUCCCAUGAAUUUCUUGAAUGAGAGGACUCUCAAAGGGACAUUCUUUGGGAACUACAAGCCACGCUCCGAUCUACCUUCUGUUGUCGAUCUAUACAUGAAAAAGGAACUUCAAGUGGAGAAGUUUAUAACACAUCAAGUGUCCUUUAGCGAGAUCAACAAGGCCUUUGAUCUGAUGCUCAAAGGUGAAGGGCUUCGAUGCAUCAUCAGAAUGGAGGAGUGAGAGUGAGAGUGAGAGUGAGAGUGAGAACUAGAGUGAGAGACAGACUCCAAGUUAUCUAUGUAAUGGUUAUCUUCAGAGUGAAAACUUAAUAAAUCAAGAAAUUUUAUACUA